AAAUGAGGGCGCCCUAUCUAGGGAAGCGAAAAAUCCGAAAAUGGGUUUGAUGGGCGCAAUUGACCCUGCAUGCAGAGAGGACCAGGAGGCAUUAUGACGCAUCUUCAGUGAAAAGCUCAUGAAAUUCGUUGUGUAACACAUGAAGAUUCAAAGAAAGCAUCUCUGGGUGAAACUCGACCCGUUCAUAAGAUGCCAACAUGCCUCCACAUUGUAGUUCUAGCUCCUCACCAACCAAUAGUAUGCCGCAAUCUCAGAGAUGAUCUCAAGACGUUCCCUGCGUUCGCUGAGACUCAUCUCGGCCUGUAUCUUCAUCGCCUUCAUCAUCGGAUGCUACCUUGCUCUCAGGAGCCUCACCAAGGAAGAAACCAGAAAAGAUGAUGAUUUCAAGAGACUGCAGGCACUCCAGAAAGAAAGCCUCAAAAAGCUUGCGGAGUUGAAAGCGGCAAAACUCAGACUCAAUCAGACUUUGAAGAGAGUUCCCACGAACCAACCCAUCCCUAAACUGAAGAAUCUGCUCAGAGGUAAAGCUGAGAAAAGACCAUUAAUUGAACGUUAUAAUGCCAGUACUUUCCCCCAACCCAGCUACGACGUCCACGCCUUCUACUAUCCGUGGUACGGCAAUCCGCAAUUCAAUGGGAAGUACCUCCACUGGAACCAUCCCAGAUUGCCUCACUGGGACAAGAAGAUCGGCAAGAGGUUCUCAACUCAAGAGCACGUCCCUCCAGAUGAUAUAGGAGCGAGCUUCUAUCCAGAGCUUGGAUGUUAUAGCUCUAGGGAUCCCAGCGCGAUUGAGAUUCACAUGCAGCAGUUGCGAACGGCUGGCAUUGGUGUGUUAGUGUUGUCAUGGUACCCACCAGACAGAUCUGAUGAGAAUGGUGCCCCUAGUGAUGAUCUGGUUCCCCUCCUCCUGGAUGCCUGCCAAAAGUAUAACCUCAAGCUGGCCUUUCACAGUGAGCCUUACAAAAACCGGUCUGAGAUGACUUUCGUCAACGAUCUGAAGUACAUCGUUGAUACUUACGGCAACCACCCCGCCUUGUACAGAUACCACCACAAGGGCAGAGAACUGCCUCUCGUUUACCUCUACGACUCGUAUCUGACCACCUCCAGGGCCUGGGCUCGCAUCCUCAAGAAGAAUGCCCCCCACAGCAUCCGCGGAACUAAAUACGACGCUGUCGUCAUCGGCCUGUACGUCGAGCAGAAACACAAUAAUGACUUACUCGUCGGCGGUUUCGACGGCUUCUACACCUACUUCGCGGCAAACAAGUUCUCUUUCGCCUCCCGCUGGAUGAACUGGAGAUUCCUGGCGAAGUUUGCCAAGCAGAACUCGAUGAUUUUCAUCCCUAGUGUCGGGCCGGGCUACGACGACAUCAAGGUCAGACCCUGGAAUGGGCUCAACACCCACCUGCGCAGAGACGGCGAGUACUACAAAGAUUCCUUUGCAGCUGCCAUGAAUCAGACUCCACCUGUUAUCUCUAUAACAUCUUUCAACGAGUGGCAUGAGGGAACGCAGAUCGAGAGCGCCAUUCCCAAACCCAGCAGGAGCCACAGGUACUUUGAUUAUCUCCCCAACGAUCCAGACUACUACUUGACUCUUACUAGACAAUUGAUAGAGAAGUUUACGACCAGGAAAGCGUUAUCACCUUGAGACCAGUGCGUCUUAAGACGCAUCGUUGGAAAUUUCCGUUAGUAGUUCGUUUUUUUAUUCCGCAAAGCGCGCUCAAGCUUUGGCACGACACACGCGCGCGCCAAUCUCCAUAAAAGGAGUUGUUUACGACUUACGCGUGAGCUUUACACUCCAGUUAUAUAGCUAGAGGGGUGUUUUGCAAAAAACCAUGAGGUGAAAUUGUUGAAAAAAAUCGUUGGAAAUUUUUAAUUUUUGACUUGUUUUGACUUUUGUGGACCGAAAAGUUUGAUUUUGUUACCGAAAAGGUAUUUAUGAAUUGGAAUAAAUAUUUGCUUGGUUGGGUAGUCUAGAUGCAGAUAAUUAUCAGCAUCCAGACUCCAACCGGUCUUAAACAAAGUGUUUAAAACCUCCCAAGCACACAUUUAUUCCCUUAGUAUCCAUGUAACUUUACAGCACGUGCACCGUAGAUAAGUAAGAACAUGCAAUUUUUUUAAACUUUUUGAUUAUUUUUCAAAUCAGCACAUACUGCAUAAUUGUAUACAUUGAACAUUUUGUUGGAUUUAAAUAAUAUAUUUAAAUUGCCCAUGCAGGCGUGCACAUAUCUUAUGUGCAGUCGAAUCUCGUUAGUACAAACUCUGUUAAUACAAAAUACUGGUUAUAAACAAACAUAAAGCCUCAGUCCCGACUGUGCAUUUAUGUGCACAAUGAAUGGGACUGAUGGUCCUCUUAAUACAAAAUUCUGAUAUAACAAACAAUUUGGCUAGGUCCGAACGAGUGUGUUAUAACGAGACUCGACUGUAUCAAAAUUGCCUGUACACAUAUUUUGUGUAUUUGGAAAUCAGUCCUGAAUUAUAAGUACCUUGAAAAUGCAAUUUUAAAAGGUAAUUUAAUGAUUCUUCAAUGAGUGACAAAGAAUAAAGGAUAUUGAUGAGAUUUC